AUUAAAAUGAUCAUCAAGAUCAGAACUUUUUAUACUCAGCACUUUUAAAGUAAUUUAGAAAACCUCAGUGUGGACCCCACCCUAGUAUUACACAAUAAGCUUGCCUCCCAUUCCCAGCCCUGCUGAUAAAGUGCCCGUGUGUGGGAUGAGCUAGUAGUGAGCUAACCAUGAAGUGUGCCCUCCAGUAGCUCAAGUGUUUCUCCGUCGCCAGAGAGCUAGCAGGAAGUGCAGCUCGGGUGCCUCUCUACUCGUCUCAUCAAUGCUGCUUUCAUUCUCCCUUGGUGGGGCAAGAUGGAAGCUGUACAAAAGGACCACUGGUACUUCAUGGUACUCAUCUUUCUUCCUUUCCUUAAAGUUGCUGUUCAGCAGAAAGAUGCCAUCACAGUCCAUCUGGAGGAAGGCAUGGUUCUGGACUGUUCCUGCCCCUGGAACGGCAACCUCAGCAUGGUGUCCUGGACUAAGGUACCAGACAAGGAUCCGAUAGCUGUUUUCCACCCUGAGUAUGGCGUUGCUUUUUCUUACCAUUACCGUGAGAGGAUAGACUUCCUGAAGACCACGCCGAUGGAUGGAAGUAUAUCCCUGAAGAAUGUCACCCACCAGGAUAUUGGACUUUAUCACUGCUCUGUUCAGACUUUCCCCCAAGGCCCCUGGACCAGGAACAUUCAGGUGGAAGAUUUAGAUAUCCCCCCAAAAGAGGACAACGGCACCGAGCCCCCCACCCCAGAAGAGAUCGAAACAGACACAGAGUUGGUUGCAGUGCAGAAUGACGACUUCAACAUCAGCUGUAACCACGUGCACAACGGCACCGUCUACCAGGUCAUCCUGGAAAAGAUGCCCCACGGUCUGCCCUGGAGCAUCAUCGGAGUGUGUAAGAAGGUGGAGAGGGGCCUGGUGGGCGAAGACUACAGCGACAGGGGCAGGGUGAGCUGUGCAGACAGCCUGGACAUCAGUCUGCACCUGACAGGUGUGGAGCCGGAGGACGGGGGUUUCUACCGCUGUACCUUCAGCACGGAUGCAGGAGUGCAGACCACCACUGUGCUGCUCACUGUGCCCCCUCCAGGGGGAUUCAGCUUGUCUUUGUACAUGAUGUACAUUUACAUUGGGGCCGGAGCUGCUGGGCUGAUCCUCUUCAUCGUCAUUCUUAUACUUGUACUGAGGCACAGGAAGAGGAACAGGAGAGAGGAGUACAGAGUCAAACUGCACCCGUCCCAGAGUCAGCCAAACUUCUAUGAGAACAUCUCUGUGUGUCCCAGGAGUGCACGGAAGUCCAAGCAGAUAAGAAACUGCCCUGUUUAUGCCAACCUGCCGAAUGUGAGAGCCCACAAAACCAGACAUCAGCUCCCUUAUAAAUGAGCAGGCGUUCCCUUCGCAGAUUCAAGAAUAAAUAAGCAAAGUAAACGUGUUUGUAAAGCUGACCUUAGUUAUUUAUUUAAGCUUGUGAUGGGAUGCAGGGACCAGAAUGACACUGAUUCACAUUCAUUCUGUGAUUUGAAACAAGUGGACAAAAUGACAGCUUUGUCAGAGUCCAGCUCUGCUCCCACUUAUCAAAUGUAGGAUGUAUUUCAUGAUUACUGUCCAGGAAAUAUUUGUUUUGGGCGACAACUAUGUUUGACAGUUACCGUUGUGCAGAAAACGUCAGACAAAGGCUUGGAUAAUCAUUAUUUUCACUUCCCCAACCCCUGAGUAAAACGAUUGACAAAAGCCUGUGUAAUUACUCUCUUUUUACUUUCAUCCCUCCUGGUUUCCAUUCAAAGCCUGACAAUAGUGUCUAAUCAUCUAACGGCAAAGAAAAGCAUUCACUCAGCACUGUACCAUCACUCGAGACUGUUUCUUCCCCCUAAGAGCUCUCUGUCUAGGAUGACUGCAUUCUAGUUACAGCGCGUUCUUAUUAUGAAAGCGACUCUAAUUGGCUAAUCCUGUGCUUUAGUUAAUCUUCCAUUUGGUCUAGUCUAAUGAUAAAUAUUUUUGUUCUUAUGACUUUCUUCUGCACAGUUUUAUAAGCUGUCACAACAUUCCCAAGUUGUAUUUAUUGCUUGUAAAUGAUUUCUCCCCCUGCCUAUAUGCUCUUGUAAAUCAGUAUUUGAAGUUUAAAGCAGUACGCCUGAGUUGUGUGUUGUUUACGUAUAAUCUGAUUCAUUUAUCUCCAUAGAAAUGGAGGCAGUGGCAGAGGCAGUAAUGGAUAUGCAGGCUAUCCUGCUAGAGAACAAGACAAGUGUGGACAAGUUAGAAAUGUGGAACACAAAGGGACAAUGUAGUUCGGAAACACACCGUUUGGCGCCUUCAUUUUCUCGUCUUGCUGUUCCUGGAAAAACAGAGCAAGCUGCAAGUGUGCUUUCGACUGUGAGGCAUGUCAUACCGUGUGGUUGACCAGCAAUACUGAAACUGAUGUGUGUGACUGUAAAUGACUUCAAGUGGUACCAAUAAAGUGGUGUCAGAACUGUGAA